CUGCACAGCUGCUGGAGAGAGGGGGAGACACAGAGAGGAAGAGCGAGAAACAGAAGCACGUUGAGGGUGACGGAGAGAGGAACAGAGCAGCGGAGAACAUUCACAACAACAGGAGGAACUGCUCGGUGCGCGGGGAGUCCGUCGUGGGGCGUCCGUUGGCUGCUUCCCACCGGAACCAGAAUGUUCUGUGCCCCCAGUUCAUUUCUUCGGUACACGAACCAGUCCCCGCGGCGUCUCCACGGACACUGAAGCCCAGAUGCUCACCCUCUCCACCGACAUGGACGAGUCUUCGUCGCUGCUGGAUCUGCUGGAGUGUUCGGUGUGCCUGGAGCGCCUGGACACCACGGCCAAGGUACUGCCGUGCCAGCACACCUUCUGCCGCCGCUGCCUGGAAAACAUAGUCAGCUCACGGAAUGAGCUCCGUUGCCCGGAGUGCCGCAUCCUCGUGGACUGCGGGGUGGACGACCUGCCGGCUAACAUCCUGCUGGUUCGCCUCCUGGACGGUAUCAAGCAGCGGCCGCAGCGAGGGAGCGGAGGAGGAGCAGGCGGGAGGCAGUCCGUGGCUGGGGGCUCGCUGCAGGGGUACGCAGCCGGGAUAUCUGCUUCUCCCCCCGGCAGUGCGAUCCGAGAGCUGCCGGUAGCCGUCAGGAGCUCUCCUGUUAAGGAAAAGGUUUUGGGGACUACACAGAGCCACACCGACACAAAAAGAGAAAAAAGAAACUCAAGACACAAAAAGAAUAUUCCAGCGCUGCCUUGUGGUAAAGCCCUCUACUCCUACGAAGGAAAGGAACCAGGCGAUCUCCAGUUUUCAAAGGGUGACAUCAUCAUCUUGCGACGCAAAGUGGACGACAACUGGUACCAUGGCGAGCUGAAUGGAUGCCACGGUUUCUUGCCUGCCAGUUACAUCCAGCUGCUGCGUCCCCUGAGCCAAACUCCACCACAGGGCAAAGCACUGUACGACUUUGAGGUCAAAGAUAAAGACCAGGAUAAAGACUGUUUGGCCUUCAGCAAGGAUGAGGUCCUGACAGUAAUCAGGCGUGUGGACGAGAACUGGGCAGAAGGCAUGCUGGGAGACAAGAUUGGCAUUUUCCCUAUUCUCUAUGUGGAGUUAAAUGAAACGGCCAAGCAGCUGAUGGAGAUCGACAAACCCACGUCAACCAACGCUCCAGGUCCAAGCUCUGAGCCAGCCCCUCUGGGCCCCUGCUCGCCUGGCCCCUCCCCUAGUGCCUCCCCGUCCAAUGGGAAUGGUUCUGGACAUCGGAGAGGUGAAGGGAAGAAAAACGCAAAGAAGAGGCAUUCGUUCUCUGCGCUGUCCGUCAGUCAGAGGGCCGCCCAACUCAACAACAGGCACAGCAUGGAGAUCUCCCACCCUGUCCUCAUCAGUUCCUCUGACCCCAGAGCUGCUGCACGCAUCCAGGAUUCGUCUCACCCGGGUCCCUCUCCCUCCUCGGCAGGGGUACUGGUGCCCCCCAAAGUGGCAUCCAUUACCUCUGAGCUGCUGGCCCAUGCCAAGGUGCAGCUGCCACUCAACAUAUAUCUGGCUCUCUACGCCUACAAGCCCCAGAAGGCUGACGAGCUUGAACUAAGGAAAGGGGAGAUGUAUCGGGUGACAGAAAAGUGUCAAGACGGCUGGUUCAAAGGCACCUCGCUGAGAACUGCUGCCUCUGGGGUCUUCCCAGGAAACUACGUCACCCCAGUGUCCAGGGCUCCCUUUGGAGUCGGUUCUUCUCGGGGCUCAUGUUUGUCCAGUCCAGUGGGAGGAGGAGGAGGGGGGAGUGGAUGCAGUCAGGUGGGAAGUAAAAUCACCGAUCCUUCAUCCCCGGGGUCACCUGGUCCCUCUUCCCCCCGUCCCUCCACCCCUCUGAUUAACUCAGCCAACUCUGUUAACUCCACUAGUCCUGCCUCGUCGCCUCAAUCUGCUGCCGCCCAGCUGAAGAACUGCCUGCGCUCCAGUCAGCACACGGUUAACCAGGCACGCACCUCAAUGCAGCUGGUCCACAGUCCUCCAGCUGGGAGUCCAGAGCGCCCCACCUCAGCCAUCUCCCCCCUACGUCCACAGAGCUCCUCCCCCUCACGCUGCUCUGGCCAACCAGGUCGCCCGCUCUCCAUGGUGUCACCAGGACCCAGCUUGGGACCCUCACCCCUCUCAUCCCCGGCCUCGCGGCCCCUCCUCCCCCUCUCCUCACCUCUCUCAUGCCUCACGCCUCCUAACAUGUCAGCGGUACUCCUCAACGGGGAGCCGGCCAGUCCCCUGCAGCCGCCAUCACCGGGUCCCUCCCACGCCCCCACCCAGGGCGCCCUUGCACCAAAAGUAGAGAAGAAGGAGAGAAAAGCAGCGGGUUUAUUAAAGCUACUGUCAGGGGCGGCAGCCAAGAAGAAACCCCGUUCACCCCCCUCUUCCCCACCCACCCAUGACCCUUCAAUGGCUGGUCACUGCCCUGUGGCCAAUGACCCUAACCAUCCUCACCACCCUCACCUCCACGCCCGCUCAGGUUCCUGUCCCAUGGCGUCCCAGGGACGAGCAGGCUCCUGUCCAAUCGAGAGCGAGAUGGCGGGAGCCAUCGGGCUGGAGCCUCUGCACAGGAAGUCCGGUUCUCUGGACACCAACUUUCCCUUGUCGCCUCCACCAACACGUAUUGGGAACCCUCUGAUGGUUCUCCGGCCUGAACCUAAACCCCUAUCCAGAGAGAGGUAUCGUGUGGUGGUUCCCUACCCACCCCAGAGCGAGGCAGAGAUUGAGCUGCGGGAGGGUGACGUGGUAUUUGUCCAUAAGAAGAGGGACGACGGCUGGUACAAAGGCACCCUGCAGAGGACAGGACAGACCGGCCUGUUUCCCAGCAGCUUCGUCGAGAGCUUCUGAGCUGGAAAAGUUGAAAUAAGAGCACACACUGUUCUUGACACUUAAUUCCCACAUACAUACACUUUACAGCUACAUACAUGGACUGACAUUGGUUUCCUAGAGUAAUAUAUAUCUGGAUUGAUUCAGUUUUCAGACAACAUAAUGAUAAUAAUGUCUUUUUUUUAUAAGUUUAUUCUCAGAAUAAACAAGAAACACUGGAAUUAAGAUAUGAAAAAAUUCAAUAAAAGCCGAGUGAAUACUGAAAUAAAACAAUUAUAGCAACUUUCAUCAGAAUCCAAUAUCAGUCCAAGUAGUUCUCAUACACACAAACACACAUAUACAACAACUUAGGAAAGUUAGCCCCAGCUUUGACCAGCCACACAAGAAGCAGGGCAGCUUUUCUGCUAGGAUGAGCUUCAUCAGACUCGUUUUACUCUCGAGGCUCAAAGAGCACAGAAAGACAAACCUGCCUCCCAGCUCUCCUCCUCAGCAUCAUCCACCAGCAAACACUCGCACAAAAAGCAUCAGCUCUGCUUUCCACUGAGACCUCAGAACCUUGACUCGGGUGCUUUCUUGGUUUGAAAAGUGAAGAUUUAUGAGCAGGUGGUGCAGGAAGUGUUACGCUCCGGGAUUAUUGUAAGCACAUCUCUGCGUCUAGUUUGUGACAACAAGCACAUGUGUUUCUAAACCCAGUGUGUGUUAAUAACAGUGCAUGUAGCAUUAUUAUGUUUUUUAUAUGUUAAAUAGAUGUUUGUGUUGUCCCAAACUAGUCAUGCUGUGAUGAUCUUUCACAGGAAAAUUGAAUUAGGUGAUUAAUAUUUCUAUUUAUAUAUCUUACUGAAAUUUAUACAGCAGUUUUUUAACUUAAAGUUGUCCUUUAUAGUCCCACAGAGCGGGAAGGAAGUGAAGAAACUGGCCUUCUGAAUGUAGGUAGAAACAGAAAAUUAUGCCAAAACUCUUAAAACAACUGAUUUGUAUGGACAAAGUUGUUUUUGAUUUUCUGUAGGAUUUUAGAGACAAAGAAUGCACUUGGUAAUAUUUGAUACAACCUGCCAGUAUACCGACUUAUACAGUAUUUUACAUCAUUAUUUAUUUAACAAAAGGGAUUUCUAUUGCUACUUGUCAGAUUGUUCUGUUUCAAACAUGCUUUUUCUCUGAGCAGGUGCAAACCUCUUGGUGUGUUGGUAAUUCUAAACCAAUCAACAUAAAGUAUCAAUGCAGUUAGUCAUGGGAAUUUUCCAAUAGGAAAGGCACACAUUCUGAUAUAAAUAUUGCUAACAGUAUCUCCUCUUGAACAGCCUUCUCUCCGGUCUAACUGCAGCAAUAUUUUGUAACUAAAUGUGUGCAGAUUCAUUGUGCAUGGAAAAAUGUUGUGAGGUCAGAAGGCAGAGACAUGUUUUUCACCACACAACUGCCAACAUUUCAACUUUUCCUCUCAUCUUGUCGGCAUUAUUGGGUAUUUUUGUCCGGCUUCAGUGAGUGCUAGCAUCCGUCUGCUUUGUGAAUCUCUACGUCCUGCGUGUGGAUCCAGGCUUUUCUAGUUUACAUCCACCCACAACCAUCUACCUUUUAUCCUUCUUUCUGGUGAUAGAAGCACAGUGAAGCUCGGAGAGUUAAUAUGUUUAUGUAUGGAUAUACUAAUGUGUGUAUGUGUGAGAGGCCAGCAGUAUUGUAUCGGUUAAUUGUUUCUAUGUUUUUUCUUUCCCUUGUUCUUAAACUGAGCCACAGUCAAGCACAAAUGACACUGGUUAUGUGCACUCAGAUGAGGCUUUCUCCUUGGCUUAGCACACAAGUAUAAAGCAUUGAUCUGACUGGGCCCUAACAAGGGGAGUCUGUCAUUAUCAAAGCACAUGAGUCUCCCUAGUUUACUGCAACAAAAAAUAAAAUCAGUGUGGAAAAUACUGCAAAGUAUUCUCAUUUUAACAUAGAAUCCACAAAGGAUUUCCCAGGAUCAAGAAAAUGGCACAGCUUUAAAAUUAAAUGUCUUAUUCCCCCAUGAUGUGACUGCAGAAGAAACAUGCAGAUGUGAGACUUGCACAGUGCUCUCCAUAGACUGGCAGAAAACGAGCACAUAACAGAAUUUAUUUGAGACAGACACACAGUUUUCCCCUAUGACUGGUCUGAUGCAGUCUUUACAUUAUAGAUGUUUUAGGCCAAAAAUUAAAUUAGAAAUCAUUUUAUUAUGUUUUAGUUUAAAGCUCCUAUGUGGAGCUCUCUGUUAAAGUGUUACAAAAGUGCUAAUUUGAUUUUGGCUUUAACAUGUGUAAACACGAUUUUUUUAGAUAAAAUAGAUCACAUUCUGUUUUCUUUUAACAGUUAAAUGCAUUAAUCAUUUAAAAUCAUAGUGGUUAAUCUUUAAGAAGAUGGUGACGUUCACUUUUGUAGGGCAUAGACAGGCAUCAAUGUCAAAUUCAGUCCUAUCAUAACUGAAAACUCCUCACAAGAGCUUUAAAAUGUCAGUAACACUAUUUGAAGGGAUGUGUGUAAAACCGACAUGACACAUGCCAUUCACAUGAAGGCAACAUUUAUGAACGUUAUGUCACUUUUAAUGCAGAGCUGACAUCGUCUGAUCCCUUUUUGCUUCUUUGUAUUGUAAGGUAAGGCUGUAGCCAGCUGUGUUAGCCUAGCAUUAGUACUGGACAUAAUAGGGAAGAGCGGGUUAAGAUCCAGUUUUUACUCAUGGGGCUUGCCAGAAAGGGAACAAAAGCUGCAGGGAAUCCAUAUAGGGAGCAAAGUAACACUGAAAACUUCCACCCUUGAUUUGGGAUGUCUAGUUGUGCAGUGUUGUGUGUUAAAGUGAGUUUUUCGAGUGGGGUCCUGCUGCAGACCUUCCAUCUCUGACGACCACUUUCACAGACCGUUCCUUUGAGACACCGUAUGUCUCAGAAAGGAAGUUCCGGAAUUUGCCAGUUCAACAUAUUUCCAGUUGUAGAUUUUUUUUUUUUUUUUUUCUUUAAGAUUUAUUUUUGGCCUUUUUGCCUUUAUUUGAUAGGACAGUGGAUAGAGUCGGAAACAGGGGAGAGAGCGGGGAGAGACAUGCAGGAAAUAGUGCCAUGGGCUGGAUUCGAACCCGGGUCGCCUGCGUAUAUGGCAUGCGCCUUAACCACCCGACUACCGGCGCGCCUAGAUUUUUUUUUAAAUUAAUUUAGACAAAGUCUGAUAAUUAAAUUCAUGUAAUAACCACAUUCUAAACAAUUACACACUAAGAAACCUUUGAUAAAUAAACCAGAGAAAAAGAUCAGCAGUCUAUUCUAUUUACACAAACGCUGGCUUGCUUUAGCAUAGUUAGCUUUAGCUAUAGCAAACAAAGCUAUACUAGCUAUUUAUUAGUGUUACUACAUAAGUCAAUGUAGCUAAGUUGGAUUUAGCAACAAAAGCUUUAGUAAAAGUAGUUAAAGCUAAUGUAGCAAUGUAGAUAGUUUAGCCUACAUAUCUUCUGUGUAAGCUUAGCUUUAGCUAUGUAAGCAAUGUAGCACUGUUAACUAAAGCUUAGUUAGCUCUAGCAAAGGUAGCUAAAGCUAAUUUAGCUACAUAGAUAGCGUAGCUACUUUAUUAGAUAGCUUUAGCUACAUUACAUGGCUACGUUAUCUAUGUAGCUUACACAGCUAACAUAGCCAUGUACAAUUUGCUUGCUGCAUUAGAAUAUUUUAAUGGAGCAUGAGCUUUUUAGCUGUUAGCAGACUGUUUAUUCAGCUUUUAAUUAGGUUUUACAUUUCAGGUUUUUAACUUCUACCUUUUUGUAUCCUUGUUGUUACCUUAACCCUUUCCCUAACCCGAAAUGGAAGUUUAAUCGGAUUUUCUUUGAAUGUUUUGGCAUGCAUUUCUUUUCUAGGAUAUACAGCGUCUCAGAUGAAUGCUCUGUGAGAGUCGCCAUCAGAGAAGCACAGUCUGCAGCCAGACUGUCCUGGUAGAAAUGAGACACUCUGCUCUGCAGAGAGGAAUUCUAUAGGCUCAUCUCUACAGUCAGACACUAAACAAGAGCAAACUACAUAAAGAUUACACGCUUUGAAUGGUGGUGCUUGGAGAGGAUUAGGGUGAAAUGCUUUAUAUAUCAGACCUUGAGACAGAGUAAAUAGUGGAGCAAUUAAAUUAGAAAACACUGUCAAAAAAUGGUCACCAAGACUCUUAACAGAGGAGUGAAUAUAAGAGGCAAAAAGCCCAGGAGUACCCAAGUCCAACAGUUCAAGCACGAUCACCUCGAUCUUGUUUUCAUACAAGUUUAGAAGGUUGACUAUGAGGCAUUUGGUUUCAGAAUGUAUCAAGACAUUUGUACUUGUAUUAUAUUUUUUGAAGAAAACCCUACCCUAAUUCCUUAAGCACACAGAUACACCAUCACUGUAGUAGGUCACAUGAUCUGCGUCAUUUUCCUGCUGCUGGCAGUGCAGUUUGGUUAGUCCUGUGUAUCUGCAGUUUGUCUUUUCUCCUCCAGCAGGUAACACUGUCACAAGAGGCUAUAAAUCAGAAAUUCAGCAUGAAAUACAUGUUUAAAAGACUGGGACUAAAUUGGUGAUUUGAAUACCAGAGUCGAAUAAUGGCUUUAAAGCAGUCACUGUGAUAUUUUCACACAAAUGGGAUCUUUAAAUGACCAGCUUUCUCUUUUUAUCUUAGACACAUGUAACACAAUUUGACUUUUUUUUUUCCUUUAAUGAAGUGUUUUAGUCUGCAAUAUUUCAGUAUCUCAAUGUUUACCAGGAAAAGGUUUUACAAUGAAAUGUCAGCGUCUGACAGGAGAUGGUUAUAGAGGAUUCAGUCCCCAAAUAUCUGCAUUGGCCUUCAGAAGCUGUCUGUCAAACUUGUGUGCCUCUAAAUGCCAACACACACACACACUACAGUACCUGCAUCAGGCACAUCAAUCCAUCAUUAUCUCCUCUGUGAUUUAGUUUCUGUCGGAUGAGCCUGCUGUUUGUUUUUCUGUCCAUGCUGUUCUGUUUGACUCCAUGACAAAAACCAGCAGAUCGUAGAACAGCUCUGCACAAACCCUGAGCGCAGUGUCUCUUGUCUGAUUUGUACUGAACAGAGGACUCUAAUUUCUACUGAGUCAAACUUAAGCACAAGUCCUCGUUUUGGUCUGAGAUCAUCCGAUUUAAUGGUCUUAUCAUUAUUUGAAUGAGGUUGAUGCUGUGAGGAGGAGCAGAGUUUACAACAGUCGUGACAUCAGGAAUAAAAACCACUGCACAGUGGUCACUUUACUUUAAAUAUUUUGAACUGCAAGUUUUGCAAAAUGUUUUCAUGGCGUUUGUGUUUAUUUACGUGAUGUAGGCUUGUCUUUGGUCUCAGCUUCCUGGAUGUCAAAACCACUUGAAAAAUUAUGGUGGCAGCUUGACAAAGAGAAACAGGCCUCCACGUUAGUGGUAGAUUCAAAAUAAAACUCACCAGUGCACAACAAAAUUCAAAACAUCAGAUUUGAUAUCAAACUGCUGUCCACUGGCUUUUUGUCCUUCCAGGAAGUUUGAGCACUCACCCUGCCAUCUUGAAUUAGAUGUCGCCAUAUUUGUUCCUAUGGAUACUUGUGUGUUUGAAUGUGUGAGGGGAGGGGGCCUCUGUAUGUAGCUCUUUACAUAAAUAAGGAACUUGAUGAAAAUGUUAGAUGUGGCGUGAACGCUCACACCUCAUCAGGACUGAGUGAAUAAAGCAGUACAGUGGGAGAACAGAAAUUAAAAAGAAAGUAUAUAUAUAAUUCUAUAUUGUGCAGAAUAUUUAUAGGCCUUUAGUGCCAUUGAAGUCAUGCUCUGUGCUGAAAACACUCAGCACUCUACCAUGUGAUCAUUAUACAUCGUCUUGUACUGAUGACCCGUGGCUGAUUUGAUUGU